CUCUAGCUAGUCCUGCUCCACAUCACAUACAGCCAAUAUGGAUGAGAUAUGGCUUUAUUUCCUUUCUAUCUUCUCCUUAAUCUUUCUUCUUUCUAAACUCUUUUCAUUGAAGCAAGCAUCGCACAAAAAAUUUCCACCAAGCCCACCUGCAAUUCCCAUAAUUGGCCAUCUUUAUCUCAUGAAAGAACCUCUCCACAGAACGUUGCAGAACAUGUCAAACAAGUAUGGUCCAAUCAUAUCCCUCUCCUUCGGUUCCCGUAAUGUUGUCAUUAUAUCAUCCUCAAACUUGCUCGAAGAUUGCUUCAACAAAAACGACGUAGUUUUUGCCAAUAGGCCUCACCUUGCCGCUUUCAAAUAUAUAGGUUAUAACUACACCACUCUUGGUACCUCCUCUUAUGGCCACCACUGGCGCAACCUCCGUCGUAUUGCUACGCUUGAAAUUUUCUCAACUACUAGACUUAACAGUUUCCAGAGCAUUAGACAGGAUGAAGUUAGAAUCUUGCUUAAGAAUUUAUUUGCAAAUUCACAGACAAGUUUCACGAAGAUGGAGAUGAGAUCGAGGCUUUCGGGCCUGUCUUUUAACAUUAUAUUGAGGAUGAUAUCAGGGAAGAGAUAUUUCGGGGCAGAAGUGGAGAAUUUGGAGGUGGCUAAACGCUUUGGAGAUAUUGCAAGAGAGACUACUGCAGUGAGCGGAGCAUCAAAUCCAGGAGAUUUUUUGCCAUUCUUACAGUGGAUUGAUUUCAAAGGGCUAAAGAAAACGAUGGUUAGGUUGCAUAAAGAUUGGGAUGAAUUUUGCCAAGGUUUAAUUGAUGAGCAUCGGAAAAACAAGAAUUCCUCCUCACAGGAACGAGGACGGUCUAAGACAUUGAUAGAUAAUAUGCUAUCUUUACAAGAAUCUGAACCUAAGAGCUAUUCCGAUGAGAUCAUCAAAGGUCUUAUACUGAAUUUGAUAAUUGGGGGCACGGAAACAUCUUCAGUAACAAUGGAGUGGGCAAUGUCGCUUCUUCUUAACAAUCCUGAGGUGUUAAAGAAGGCUAGAGCUGAGUUAGACGAAAUUAUUGGUCAAGACCGAUUAGUCGACGAGUCCGAUUUCUCCAAGUUGCCAUACCUGCAAAGCAUUAUAAAUGAGACACUGCGACUAUAUCCAGUAGCACCAUUUCUGGUGCCACAUGAAUCGUCGGAUGACUGUACCAUCGGAGGCUACUAUGUACCGCGAGGCACAAUGUUGCUGGUCAAUGCUUGGGCUAUUCAUAGGGAUCCAACGGUGUGGAGUGACCCAACAAAGUUCAAGCCUGAGAGGUUUGAAGGUUUAGGUAAUGAAGCAUAUAAAUUGAUUCCAUUUGGGGUGGGAAGAAGGGCUUGCCCUGGAGCUGGUCUUGCAAAUAGAGUAAUGGGUUUAGCAUUGGCAGAAUUAAUUCAUUGCUUUGAAUGGGGAAGACCCAGUGAAGAGCUAAUAGAUAUGACUGAAGGUACGGGCGGAACUAUGCCUAAAUCACAACCUUUGGAAGCCAUGUGCAGAGCACGUGAGUCUAUGAUUAACAUACUCCAAGACCUGUAAUUACUGUUUGGUUGCAAUUAUUGCAGUAUAAUCACUGUUGUCUUUUGUUUUCCGUUUGUGUGAUGGUUUGUGGGACACUCCCUUUGAAAUAAAAGCAUGAAAAAAAAAAUUAAAACUGAUCCGUUUAAUA